AUGGAGAAUGACAUUGCCGAAUUGAAGGCGCAAGUUGCUGCCCUGCAAAAAGAGGUAUCACGAGUGGCAGACGAGGCAGAAGUACGCAAGAUCCACUUCAAGUACGGCUACUACCUCGACAAGUGCCUCUACAACGAGGUAGUCGACAUGUUCGCCGACCACCCGGACACGUACGUCGAGUUCCUGGGGUCGCGCUACCGCGGCAAGGAGGGCGUCAAGAGGCUGUACCAGGGCCGCUUCCAGAACACCUUCGUCAAGGGCCGCAACGGCCCCGUGCACGGGUUCCUCCUCGACCACAUCAUGAUGCAGGACAUCGUGGACGUGGAUUCCACCGGCACGCACGCGUGGGUGCGGAUGCGGGCGCUCAUGUCGGCCGGGACGCACGACUCUGUCAACGAGACGCACCCGCGCGGGCACGUCCAGUGGUGGGAGGGCGGGCUCUACGAGAAUGAGUAUCUGAAGGAGAACGGUGUGUGGAAACUGUUCCGGUACAGGUACUUUCCGUUCUGGCACGCCGAGUUCGAGAGCGGCUGGAGCCAUACCAAGAAAAACUACAUCCCAUGGCCAACGAAGACGUACCCAGAGGACCCCCUCGGCCCUGACGAGAUCCUCGAGCAAAAGAUGCUCUGGCCGGACACGAGGGUCAUUCCCUUCCACUAUCCUCAUCCUGUGACUGGGCGCAAGAUCAACGAGGACGACCUCAGGGCGCCAAAUUGGGGCCAGGACGUGGGAACCUCAGACAAGCCUCUGACUCUGAAGUUGCCUGAGGGACAGAAGCGUGAGGGCGCAGAGGAGGGGGUGACCGAGUCGAAGCCGGGGACCAAGAUCCUGCCUGAGCUGGUUCAGAACAAGCAGAUUAACGGUGCUUGA